UCCUAGUUAUACCUCCCAGGAGAGCUAAUCAUCGAAAUAGGGUACUGGAUAAUUAGUACAAAGUAGAUGCCAGAAACGCUGUAAUUGUUGCCCAGCAGCAAGUAAAAUUGUGACUACGAGAACACCGUGUACUGUGUCAUAAUGGAAAGCAAAGUCUGAAACGUGUGGCGUACGAAGCAAGCCAAAGGCCACAGGAUGGGGACCUGCGCCAGCGUCACGGCCGGACAGGCACUCCCUCUAGCGGACAGACCCAAAGUGUACCAGGAGGGAGAGGCAACCGCUGUCUUCAUCCGACCCUCGCCAUCGCAAACCACUGCGGCUAAGAAAGUAACCCUUGAACUGAAAGACGCGACUCCUCAGAACCUGAGAAAAGCCUUGAAGCUGGAUUUCUACCCCGAAGUUCUGACCAACAAGGCCACAAACGUGACCAAAGUCCACCAGGGGCCCCCUAGCGAGUCCUUCUGGAACUUGGAGACGAAUGCGGAAUACGAAGUGGAGGGAGAGGACGAAAAUGAAGAUCUGUACAGUAUGGAGACCACACAAAGGCCGACUAUGAACUCCGGGGAUGUCCAGAGAGCCCUAAUAUGCUGCCAGGCCGUGUAUCUGUCCGAUCUUCCCGACACGGACGCUGUUCAACAGUUUUUCGCCAGCGAAGGGAAACUGCACGAUUUUGAGCGAGUCAGCGUCAGUCGGUACGGACCUGUGCGGUACCUCUUGGCUGAAACUCGUAACAGGGAGGAGGUUUAUGUAGCUUUCAAAGGUACGUCAGACUUCGGUGAUGUCAUGUCCGAUCUGAGUUUCUGGCAGGAAGGAGCAGGUCAAAGUGGGGACAGUCACAACUCCGGGGUUGGCGGGAAAUACCAUUCAGGCUUCAUGCGUCUGGCCUUCCUCAUCCCCGCCCACCGCAUCCUGGAGGAAUACAGCAACAGCCGCAUUGUCGUCUGCGGUCACAGCCUAGGGGGCGCUGUGGCACACAUCGUUGCCCUGAACAUGAUGGUGCAUCUUCGCUCUCAAGGCCAACCCGUCGACAACGUCACGUCCAUCGCGUUCGGCGCUCCGUACUUCGGAAACGACGGCGCCCAGCAGUUUGCGGAGAAGCACAACCUCUCUCCUCGCCUGUUGACGAUCGUGAACGAAAAGGACCCCGUGCCGUACAUUCUCCGCCUAGCGGAAACCGUCCAAUGUACGGGACUGACGCUCCUGCAAAAAGUUCGAGACUUUUCUGCCAAAGCCAGACCCAUCGCGUUGAGUAUGCUGGGUAUUCUUAGUACGUCAGGUAUAGUUGGACCGUUCGCACUUAUAGCGGGAGCCACAGCGCUAACCCAAAUGCCAGCUAAGCUGGAUGAAUACGGAAAACUGCUGCAGAGAUGGGGCGUGUCCGCGCGGGACCUGGAUUCCCUUUACGUCCCUCUGGGAUGGUACCUGUGCAUCAGCUGCAGUACCACGAAAGCCGGUGGGGGCGCUGUUUGGCGGCGCAGUCUCCUGACCCAUCCAGCAGCAAUUCAUUACGCCGCGCCUGACGUGGCGGCCUGGAAAGAGGACACCGAUGAUGACGUCAGAAAGACGCAGUCGCGAACAUGUCAAAUCGUCAUCGACGGCGACAACUUUGACUUCCUAGCAAGAGACAAACCCGUCUCAGGACUUCCUGGGAUAGAUGGAAAGUUUGCCGUGCUGUUCAUGUCCCGUCGCAAGGUGGCGCUUCAAUGUCAGCUUUCAAGUAGCAGUGCCUUAGAGGAGACGGCGAUUCUGGUCAGGACACACUUCCAAGAAGUGACGGUCCCCAAAGAGUCGGUUGACAUAAAGAUAGGAGCCGAAUUGCCAUUCAAGGCCAACGACGCCCUAGCGGUUGAGGUGCGAGCUGCAGGCCAGUCCGCGCUGAGCCAGGUUGUGGCGGUGGUUUCGGACACUGCGUCAUCACUAGUGGGCGGGGCCACCAAACUCCUGGGCUUUACGUGAUGCCUGACCGUCUAACACCGUGAUUGACGCGUUACAAAUAAUCUCCAAGCAGAUCCUACGAUUGCAACUGGCAAGACAGUAUCCCAUCAGCCAAUUUCAAUUAAUAAGGAAGGAGUGACCAAUAGCUGAUGAAGGACACCAUUUUCAAAAGCAGUGUUCCUCCCUGUUUCAGUGUUUAAUUAUCAGUGGCCAAUGGCCACUCCUUGGCUGACUGGAUAGUCGUUUGUGAUGACUUUUGAGGGGUAUUAAAAAGAAACCCAAUUAGUUAUUAUGAGAUAUAGAUAGU